GGAAGGCGUGCGGUUAACAGUUUUAGAAGAGAAGUCAUCCUGAAAUUAAUGGCAGGAGAGAGUAAGAGAUGCAACACCAUUGCGGUAAGUGUGAGAAUCAAGACAAUCUAUAAGAGACAAGGAUUCGAUGGCAUGAACAGUUUUCGGUUCCAUCUUUUCCUGAAUCUGACUUGGGCCUCUCUCUGGACACGUGCUGUUGUCAGUAUCGCCACAUUUGAUAUUGUCUCUUUCCCUCCCUGCCCCUGGACAGGUUCCUGGAGAGGCCAAGUCUUCGUCUCACUGGCGAGGAGUUCCCGCCCCACGUGGUGCUGCAACGCAGGGCACACCCGGCUGGUGGCACCAGGUUGGUCUUCUCGGGCGCCAUGAUGAGUGUCCUCGGAGUCCUCGCCCACUCCCUCAACUUCAGGUGCCGGAAGUUGCGGCGCGGUGCCUUCCUCAGGGAAGCACCAGUGUCGCAGGGAAUUUGUACGCCAUUCUUUAGAGGCGCAUUUGUCAAUAUAACGCUUAAGCUUGCCCAUAAAUACAAUGUUUAGUCAUGCAAGCGACAAUGCUCAACAAGACAACACAAGACACAUGUAUCACUUAAACACACCCACAUAUAUAUUUCUACAACGGUUCUGUCACCCAUUAAUAAAAUUUCGCGCUUGCUGGGAGCAAAAUGAAAUAAAUUCUUGUAACUAACCAGCUGACCAACCAACAAACAAACACAUGAGCAAAUGUAGCUCAUCAUAAUAAAAAAAAAGUUGAUAUGUAAAAAUGUAACUCUCAUGCCAGACUUUCCUCCAGCCGCGCCUGACGAAGUUGUCUUGCCCUGCAGUUACAACCUGGUGCGUCCUCCUGAUGGUUCCUUUGGCACCAGGCUGCCCAAUGGCUCAGGCACCGGCAUGGUGGGCAUGGUGAGCCGCCAGGAGGUAGAUCUUGGUCUGGGUCCCUUCGGCGUUACUGCGGCGCGCUCCUUGAUCAUUGACUACACGACGCCGGUAGUGAACGACUACCUCAGGAUCCUGGCUGGCCGCGGCCGCCCUGAAGUGGACCCCUGGGGCUUCCUGCUGCCCCUAGCGCCCCUCGUGUGGGUGGGGCUAGUGGUGGCGCUGGUGGUGGUGAUGGCCAUUGUUCUGCUCCUCGCCCGUUGCCUCUCUCUCCAUUCCCCGGCCCUCGCCCCCUACGUCAGGGUCCUGCUGCAGGAGAACUCAUGGUUGCCGGCGCUGUGGGGCUGGGAGCGGCUGGUGCUGGGGGGAUGGAUGCUGGCCAUGCUCGUGGUGACGCAGAGCUACACGGGGAACCUCAUGUCCCUGCUGGCGGUGCGCUACAUACCGCAGCCCUUCCAGACGCUGCGCGCGCUGCUCGACGACUCCGCCACCACCAUGAUCUGGGAGUACGGCACUGCCUCCGUCAACAAGUUCCGCACAGCAGAGUUCGGCAUCCUGCGGGAAGUGGGGGAGUCCGAGGCGGCGGGCAGGAUCAUGUUCGUGCUGGCGACGGAGUACCUGAACAUCCUGCGUGGGCUGGUGCGGUCUGGGACUCAUGCCUUUAUUGGCGAGGACCUCACCGCCAGGGUUCUCAUGGCGCAGGAGUUCUCUAGGACAGGCAGGUGUGACUUCUACGCCUCUAGGGAGGUCUUCAUGCCUUUCCUGUUCUGCAUGAUCGGCCCCAAGCACAGCCCCCUCGUGUACAGCGUCAGCAAGCGUAUCACGUGGAUCACCGAGGCGGGCCUGUACAACCACUGGAUGGACAGCCUCAGCUCAAACUGGACGGUGUGUGAGCGAGCGCCAUCCAGGAUCACUGUCAGAACACGCCUGGGCCUCGGCAACGUGUGGGGCAUGUUUGCGAUCCUGGUAGUGGGCAACGCGUUGAGUCUGUUGCUGUUCCUGGUGGAGGUACUGACAGGCCACCACCUCCACUCCCUCCUGACGGUGACCUCCUCCUGGACAUGACCUUGCUCAGCGCCUCGACACAGUACUUGCUUCCAUCUCGAUGCAACGUUCUUCUUUACAAGGGACGAGGAAUGCGCAAUAUCUGAUUCAGGAACAAGCUUUAUACUUCUGAAACUUGGCAAAUAACUAUAUUAUUGGAAUGCAUGUUAAUAUCAGAGCUUUCAUGCAUUUUUCAAAAGAUUGGAAACAUGUCUGCAGACUUUCUUCUUGCAAAUACAUGUUUUUAUAAUGACAUCUUUCCCUUUCUUAUGGUCAGUACCUACUGGUGUCUUGCCAGUGUGACUUCCCAGUGUCCUCCCAGUGACUAACUGACUGACUGACCGACUGACUGACUGACUGAGAAUUCCUCGUUCAGCUCCACAAUAAUUGCUAACGAGUGAAUUAUCAUGCAAAACAAAUGUGUA